UCAGCUACUGCACAGGAAACCACCACGGCAGGGAGCGAAUCCGUGGCGGCGGAAGUGGGAACCCCAGCAGCCCGUCCCCCAGAGCCUCGGGCGGCGCCCGCGUCGUCGACCAUGCUGGAACCGGCAGCCCGCGGAGUGCCAGAAAUCAAAAGACACCAUCAACAGAUCCACAGUUCUGAAGAAUUUAGAUCCACAAUUCUAAAGAAUUACCAGAUCCCCAGCGGCCUUUGGACAACAGCUGUGAUGGUGAUGCUGACGGUGCUGAGCACGCCAGGGGCUAAGGGCAGAGACUCUCCACAGGAUUUCGUGGUCCAGCAUAUGGGCGUGUGUUACUUCACCAACGGCACGGAGCGGGUGCGGUACGUGACCAGAUACAUCUAUAACCGGGAGGAGCACGUGCGCUUCGACAGCGACGUGGGCGAGUACCGGGCGGUGACCGAGCUGGGCCGGCCGGACGCCGAGUACUGGAACAGCCAGAAGGACAUCCUGGAGCGGACACGGGCCGAGCUGGACACGGUGUGCAUACACAACUACGGGGUUGUGGAGAGCUUCACGGUGCAGCGGCGAGUGGAACCUACAGUGACCAUCUCCCCAUCUAAGACAGAGGCUCUAAACCACCACAACCUGCUGGUCUGCUCGGUGGCAGAUUUCUAUCCAGGCCAGAUCAAAGUUCGGUGGUUCCGGAAUGACCAGGAGGAGACAGCUGGCAUUGUGUCCACCCCUCUUAUUAGAAAUGGGGACUGGACCUUCCAGAUGCUUGUGAUGCUGGAAAUGACUCCCCAGCAAGGAGAUAUCUACACCUGCCGUGUGGAGCACCCCAGCCUCCAGAGCCCCAUCACGGUGGAGUGGCGUAAGGGGCACUUGGUUUCCUUUCACCGUGGGCCCCACAGGACAGGGGCAGAUAGAGCUUCCCUGGUCCAUCCCAUCUCAUCCCUUGUCCCCAGAAUCCCUACUGAGCUGGAAAUUACAGGACACAAGAGUGCCUCUUGCCUCAUAGUAAGGGCAUCAGAAGAAUCCUGAUCUCAUUGUCUUUCCAGAUACAGGGAACUCACUCUACACACCAGGGCCCCAGAGCCCAGCCCUGGUAGCUCUGAAGGACUGACUGGUGACCAGAGUCUUAGGGCAUAAGGUUAUGGAUGUGUCCCUGAGGAGCAGGGAUCCACUUUCCCCUUCUCCCACCCGUCCACUCUGUCCAAGGAUCUGUUGGCGGGUCCCUCCCCUAGGGGUAGUCAGAAUGGAGAACUAGGUUCCCCUGGCACCUCCACCUCCUGUAUCUCAGACUAGACUUCAGGCUUCUCAAAGGGACACCCCCCUUUGGUGUGAGGACAAACCCUGACACUCA